AGACGGGGCAGGGAGGAAGGAGAGGCGGCUUCUAUUUCCAUUGGUCUCUUUCGCGCCUUCACGGUCUCACAUGACCUCCCCCCUUCCAACGGAUCAGGCGUCAGCGGGCGGAAGUCCCUCUGCUCCCUAGGCUCUAUGGUUUCUUUGUAGGAGGCGCUCCCCGCUGCGUCUAUGGUCCUCGCGGGGCCGGACGGGAGGCUGGCGGAUCGGCGUGCACAUUCCUCCCCCAUUACCUCACACUCGGCGAAGGGGCCGCCGGGAUAGUGGAGGACCUGCUCUCUGUGCCGCCUUGCUUCAGCUCCCUGUGUAGCCGGCGGCGAGCCCGGGAUUCCUCUUCCGAUUUCGCUGUGCGGUUUCCCCCUUCCCCUCCCCCCGCCCCCGGGCCGCCUUGUCCUCCCCUGCCCCGCUGGGUCCACUUCUCCGGCUCUCGCCCGCCUCGGCCCAUGGCUCCAUGAAGCGCGGGGCAGUCGAGGUGGUGGCGGCGGCGGCGGCGCUGGUGGCGGCGGCGGGGAGGCAAGAGCAGGAGCGGCGGCGGCAGCGCUGGUGGCGACGGCGUUGGUUGGGCUGAAACGGCGAACUGGGGAAGGGAGCCGUCUCCGCUCCGGGGAGAGAGAAGAUUUGGGGAACAGGAAUGGGCCGUGAGAAAAGAAAAUUCAUUCCAGAUAUAAAAUAGCUUCCCUUUCCACCUGUUCAUCUACCCCUUGGCAAUACAAGGUUUCUGCUUUCAGGUUCUACAGUACUCCAGACAGCAAGUGGUGAAUCAGGAUGGGAAAAAGACGCUGUGUUCCUCCACUUGAGCCCAAGUUGGCAGCAGGCUGUUGUGGGGUAAAGAAACCCAAAUUGUCUGGAAGUGGAACACACAGCCACGGGAAUCAAGCCACAACCGUGCCAGUCUCUAGUUCAGGUCCUCUUCAGAACCACCAGCAUGCAGAUGGGGGCAAUGGAAGGGAGAACGUAUCAGAUUUGACUUUAUGCCCUGGAAACUCUCCAAUUACGCGAAUGAAUCCCACUUCAGGAGCAUUGAGCCCACUCGCCCGGCCUAAUGGAACUGCCAACAGCACCAAAAACCUAGUGGUGACAGCGGAGAUGUGCUGCUACUGCUUUGAUGUACUCUACUGUCAUCUUUAUGGUUUCCCUCAGCCAAGACUUCCUCGAUUUACCAAUGACCCCUAUCCACUCUUUGUGACAUGGAAGACAGGGCGAGACAAGCGACUUCGGGGCUGCAUCGGAACUUUCUCUGCCAUGAAUCUUCACUCAGGACUCAGGGAAUACACAUUAACCAGUGCACUUAAGGACAGCAGGUUUCCACCCCUGACUCGUGAGGAGCUGCCUAAACUUUUCUGCUCUGUCUCCCUCCUCACUAAUUUUGAGGAUGCCACUGACUACUUGGACUGGGAGGUGGGAAUCCAUGGAAUCAGAAUUGAGUUCAUCAAUGAGAAAGGUGUCAAACGCACAGCAACAUAUUUACCCGAGGUUGCUAAGGAACAAGCCUCACCUGAUCACACAAGCACAACAUCAGAUGACCCUUCUAUCCUCCCUCAGCACUAGGUUUUGUGCUGCAAACAUGGACAACAGUUGAAGAAUGCAGCAGUUGCCACCACUGUAAUUGUUCAAAACAUUUCUUCCACCAUUCAGAGGAUCACAUCUCCUCCUGGAAUUGAGUCAAAAGACCAAAGUGUAAUUCAUUAAAUCAGGUCUCCACACUGCACCAUUAUUGGAGAGUAGUGGAUUUAUACUGUGUUUGAUGUGAAGCUGUGUCUUACUUUGAAUAUGUGACUAACUUGAUUGCUAUAUAUGACUAAAAUAGGAUAAUUGGAAAUGUCAUAUGACUUUGUUGACCAAAUUGUUGUUUUCAGUUGGAACUUGUCCAGUAAUUUGAACUUGCUUAUCUCUCUUUUGAAAGCCUAUCCCUUUUUCUUGAAAUGAGCCUGUAUUUAGAUCACUGCUGCUUGCUUUUUUUUAACAGAUUGGGAUCAGAUUCAAACAAUAGACUCCUUGCUCAGGAAAGGUGGUUUUAAGGCUCCAAUUACCAAUGAUUUUAGGAAAACUAUUAAACUCACCAGGUAAAUGACAUAUUUUACUUUUGGUAGUUGUCAGCAACUAAAGUCAUUACUACUUUCAUUACUGAUGGUAAGUUUUAAGAUUGCUCUUUGUGCUCCAGAUCCUGCAGUUUUCUGAAUUUCCUCACUGCCCCCAACAGUGGUGCCUAAACCUUGUUGUUUUGUUCAGUCAUUGUUUGCUUUUAAUUUUCACAGUAACAAAUACUGGCUGCCAGAGCCAACUUUGGUUUUGCCUGGGCAAUGUACACACAUGCACACCCAGGUUACUGGGCUGACUGGGACACACUCCUCCCCAUUGCUGGCAGUGGUGACUGCUCUCUUUUUCUCUGCCAUCCGUUACCAUUUCCUCCUUUGUAUCCUUUCUUUUUGGGCCCACUGGUGUGAUGGUUAGGCCGCAAGAGGAGAUGCAGCAUCCACUUCCAGCUCCUUAUGCCUGGAGGGAGAGAGUAAGGGAGCAAAUGGAAGCCUCUCCUGCUUCUCACCUCUGCUACCAGCAGAUUUAGGCAAAUAGGAAGAAGAAGCAAGCACAGAGGGAAGGAGUGAGUGAGGGAUCUGGCAGUGAAGAGAAGGACCUGCCACCACUCUGCACCCAUUUAGAAGGGCUCCAGUCGGCAAUGACUACUGAGCCCCUGUGGAUUGUGGGCCUCGUCCGUAAUAAGCUGGAAUUGAAAUAAAUAAUUUGAAAGGUUAAACAAUUUUUGUUGAUACAACAGAAUUCCAAAUAUAGCCGUUGGUGAUUUGCUGACUUUGUUUCAUUGAAAGAUGUAUUUUUUUAAAGACCCAAUGCUUUUUUCUUUCAGAUACCGCAGUGAGAAGGUGACAAUCAGUUAUGCAGAAUACAUGGCUUCUCGUCAGCAUUGUUUUCAGAAUGGCACUCUUCAUGCCCCGCCCCUCUACAAUCAUUACUCCUGACACAAGGCUGCAUGACCAGUCCCGCCCUCCAGCUACCACUAACGGCUAUGACAUCAUUGGGGCAGAUGCCUCCUCUUCCUGGUCCAGUUACUUCUAUUACUGCACCAUUUUAUGAUGCUAGCUUCCGUUGCCAAGUCUGCCUUCCAGCUGACUGAGGGAUGGGGGAUACCAGUGAGUGCAACUGAACUUCAAGGGCCCAUGCCUUUCCUCAUCCUUCCUUCAGAAUGAGGGUUCAGUUGGACUGAGGCUCCAAAACUAACAGUUGCAGUUGGGUAGAGAGAACCUUGAGGAACGGCAGUACUGCUUCAGAUUGCUCUGUGUGUUAAAUUGCACUGUGUUCAUUUGAAUUGUUAAUUGUGACAGCCCCCUUGAUUAAGUAAGAGAGUUCUCCUGGCAGUCUGGGCAACGGAGUACAACAACAUACUUUUAGGUUAUUUUUAAUUUUUUUAACCUCUGAUAUUUAUCUACCAUGAGCUGAUUAGUCCUUAUACACCCCAGGCAAGCAGAUGACUUGACGCAUUACAAGGAUGUAUGUCAGCAGAGAUUCCUCCCUCCUCCUCUUCGCAGAAGAUGGCAAUUGAAAGGGGAAACAAAAUUUACUGCAGAUGAAACUAUUGCUUGCACAAAUCCAGGAGGGUUCAGUUCUCACAUCUAGCUGCUCUUGGUUUUGACAAAGAAGGAAAGUAGCCCACUAGAUAGGACAGUAAUGCAUAAAUGAAGGUGAACUGCUCUGGGUUAUGUUUGGGAGUAGCUUGAGUUUCCUUGUCUCCUGGAAGUACAAUCUCCCUCUCCUUUGGGGCUUUUCCCUGGGUUUCUAACUUGAAAUACAAGCAGUGUGGUCUGCUGUUGGAUUGGGGCUGAUUUUAUUCCCCACAAAGCCAUCGUUAAAGCAAUUCAAAAAGGACGUGAAAAUUGUGUAUAGGAAACACUCCAUGGGACCUGUGUUUAACUGGCAGCAGUUGUAUUUAGCAUGACCCUGAUAUCCAGGUAAUGAAAUACACAGUAAAUGUUAGCCUUUAAGUGGUUAUCUAAUAUAGGUGCCAUCGCUGCACUGGUGCUUCAAUACUA